GGGUCCGGGGAGACUGGAUAUAGUGAAUGCGGGGAAUCGGGGAGAGCGGAUAUAGUGAAUGCGGGGUCUGGGGAGAGCGGAUAUAGUGAAUGCGGGGUCUGGGGAGAGCAGAUAUAGUGAAUGAAGGGUCCGGGAGUGCAGACAUAGUGAAUGCAGGGUCCGGGGAGAGCGGAUAUAGUGAAUGCAGGGUCCAGGGAGAGCAGACAUAGUGAAUGCAGGGUCCGGGGAGAGCAGACAGUGAAUGCAGGGUCCAGGGAGAGCAGACAUAGUGAAUGCAGGGUCCAGGGAGAGCAGACAUAGUGAAUGCAGGGUC